UCUCUCUCUCCCUCUCUCUCUCGCUCUCUUUCCCUCCUGCUCAUCCUGCCCUCCCUCAUCCCCACAGCACAGAGUACUGCUCACUGGAGGCCCAGCUGGGUGACCAGGGCUUCUACGAGCUAUCCGUCAACAGCUCUGGAUGUCAUCUCACCACAGUGCAAGAGCCCCGCGAUGUUUAUAAACCGCUGUGGGUUUUUGCACUGGUCCUGCUGGGUUUGGCCAUCAUCCAUGGCCUAUGGUCGUGCAUUGCUACGAGGGUGCGGAACAGGAGGGUGAAAGACGCACCCGAUCUGCCAACGGUGGAUGAUGCUCAGAAACAGAAACAGAAGUCGCGACUGGCGUCUCUGGACGUGUUCAGAGGUGUGACGAUCCUGGUAAUGAUCUUCGUCAACCAGUGGCAGGGCCAGUACUGGUUCUUCGAGCACAGUACCUGGAACGGUCUGCAGGUGGCCGACCUCGUCUUUGCCUGGUUUAUGUGGAUCAUGGGAGCCUGCAUUCCGCUCUCUCUCAGCUCGCAGAUACGGCGAGGGAAGUCUAUGAAGAAAAUGGUGUUCCACAUCUUCAAGCGCUCCUGGUGGCUCCUCAUCAUCGGCAUCUCCCUCAACUCUCUGGGCGGAUACAACAAGCUGGAGACGUACCGCCUUCCUGGUGUGCUGCAGCGGUUCGCCAUCACAUACCUGGUGAUGGCCCUGGCCAUGCUGCCUGCCAUGGCACGCAAACCGAAACUGCCGGAGGAGAAGAGUUGGACAACUCACGUGUACGACAUCACAUGCAUGUGGCCCCAGUGGAUCCUGGCCAUCGCCAUCAUCAUCGGACACACGUGCAUCAUUUUCCUGCUGCACGUGCCAAACUGUCCCACAGGGUAUCUGGGCCCUGGCGGCCUCUACAACAACUCGACAGUGGACGGGUCAUGUGUAGGUGGCGCCACCGGUUACAUUGAUCGUCUGGUGUUCGGCAAGUCGCACAUUUACCAAAAUCCGACACCGAAGGCCACCUACGGGACGGCAGCCUUCGAUCCCGAGGGACUGCUCGGAGUCAUGCUGGCGUGCAUCAGUGUCUUCCUUGGUGUCCAAGCCGGGAUGACCCUGUACAUCUACAAGGACUGGCGCUCCCGCGUUAUCCGCUGGACCGCCUGGGGCGUUGUGACCGGCGUCAUCGCGACUGGCCUCUGCGGGGGAUCACAGGAUGGGGGCGUCAUCCCGGUCAAUAAGAACCUCUGGUCGCUCUCCUACGUCAUGGUGACCAGCUGUUUCGCCUUCUUCCUGCUGACCGCCUUCUACAUCGUCGUGGACAUUCUGAAGUGGUGGACCGGAAGCCCCUUCUUUUAUCCCGGUCGGAACGCUCUUCUGAUGUACGUGGGACACGAGGUGACGUUCGAGAUGUUCCCGUUCACGUGGCAGUACGGGGACAUGCAGAGCCACUUCUGGAGGCUCGGAGAGGCCCUGUGGACCGUUAUGUUCUGGCUCGUCGUCUCCGUCUGGAUGCACGAGAAGAAAUACUUCUGGAAACUGUAACUUUGUCAACCAGUGUCAUCUUGGCUAAUGAUUGGCGAAUAGCGGUGAAAGUGCCAAAACAGUCCAGAUUCUGGACUUGCGCGUGACGAUUAAUUGGCGAAAACGUGUUUAAGUGCCAAGAUAGGUCAAUUGGAGAUGUUAGUAAAGAUGCCAGUACUGGCAUACUACUUAGUAUCAAGAUGAUACUAUGGGUGCUUCUGAUUGUUCCAGUGCCAAUAAAAAUAGUAAUUUCA